AUGCGCGCUGAACUUUCAGCGGCGUUUGCGGCCGAGGCGGGGCAGAGGCUCCGCGGCUGCUUAGGCGGAUUGGUCGCGGGCUUAAGCAGAGAGGAGUGCCGUGUGGAUCAGUGGUCGAAGAACCUGGCUGCUGGAUCGCAGUGUAUAAAUUGGAAACGGGUUAAAUUAUUCGGGCUCCCUCCGACCGAAGCGUCAGUGCUAUUGACAAAGGGGCAACAGGAAGCGACGCACAAAGAGGAGGAAAUUGCCUAUCAGAAACUGGCAGUAAUCAGAACGGUGCGUGGCAAUCUAACUUUGCUGCGGACGCUGUAUCCCCUUAAUGAGAUAUUCCGGGGGAGGGCUUGGGAAAUGGAGGUCGCCGCGGUCGGUGGUCGGCGGCUU